GAGUUGAAGAAAAUCUCCAUUUUCACUUGCGAAAGGGAAUCGAGACGAACGAACGCAGACAGUCGAAGGAAGAUGAGGAAAUUUGAUCCAUGGCCGGUGUUUUUCAGGCGAGAAUGGAAGAGGAACUGGCCCUUCCUUGUUGGUUUCGCCAUAACCGGCACCCUAAUUACCAAGAUGACCGCUGGUCUUUCUGAGGAAGAGGUGAAGAAUUCUCCCUUCGUUCAGAGGCACAAUCGGUGAAUCCUUUAAGGGGGAUUAUUGGCAUUGCAAAGUGAGAUGUUUUCAUUUCUGCAAAAUAACGGAUGCUACGGUUAGUUUACAAGCCAUUUGAAGCAAGUUUUUUCGGUACUUCUCAGUAUGUAUCAAAACUUGGAUGGAUUUUUUUGUGAUGACGUUGUUUACUUCUUAAAUGAACAUGAAUUCUUUUUCGUAGCAUCAUUUGACUGAGAACUUUUGCCUUCUUUAAUUUGGAAUGGUGGAAACUUGUUCACGCAUUGAUUAGUAUUUGUCAUAUAAAAGCGUACAUCACUUUUCAGAUUA